AGACAAGGCACUUCCGUUGACAAAUGUCGUAAUUGCCAGGAAUCUCCGCUAGUAAAUUCCUUUGUGAGUAUUAUAAGAAUCCAGCGCGAUGUAAACUUACACUUCACAGCUGUCUAGUGAGCGUCUGGAACGGACAAACUUCCCAGACUAACUUUGACCAUCACCAGUGAAUAAUUACUACUCUAGAAUGAUGGAUGUUUCUGUGAGGUAUUUCACCCUGCUUAUGCUCGUUGUGUUGACUGGAUGUACCGGUACUACAGUAACAGUUCAAUCGGAUGGAUCCACGGCUGUUUUAAAUAAAGACUUCACCUUCAGAUGCAGUCUGUCAGAUCCGAAAGUGAAACAAGUUACCUGGCAGAAGCAGAAGGAUAAAGCUUUGGAGAACGUGGCUACCUACAGCGUUACAUUUGGAGCAAAAGUCCUGGAACCGUACCACCAGAGAGUGAAUUUCUCGUUGCUAGGAUUACAUGAAUCAUCGAUAACUAUUCAUAAUGUUCAACCAGAGGACGAAGGGUGUUAUAUGUGUUUGUUCAACACAUACCCACAAGGAUCAAUUACUGGAAGAUCCUGCUUUACCGUUCUUGGUGUUUCUGAGAUACAUAUUGAAACAAUCUCUACAGAGUCUGAAAAUACAGCAGUGGUGAGCUGCUCGGCCACUGGGAAACCAGCCCCAAAGAUCAGAUGGAACGCAUCAGAAAGUGUCACUUCGAAUGCCGUGCAAAGCAGCGUAGAUCAUAAUGGCAAUGGGAUUGUGACAGUCACCAGCAACCUUACACUGGAUCUGUCAAGUUUCCCUGCUGAAGAAAUCAGCUGCUUUGUAAGCCACUCUACACUGAAUGAGGAAGUUGAGAAAAACAUCACUAUUAGAGAAGACAAGAGAACAUUAACAAAUGUUCGUAGUCCUGGUGUAGUCGUCUUGGUGAUCCUCUGUAUCGCAGCUCUGAUUAUCGUGACAGUUGCUUGUUUUAUAAUCAGAAAAAGAAAGAAAACCAAAGCAGGCCCUUUGGAAGAAAAGCUCAAUGCAGGAGAGAUGUCUUAUGCUUAAGCCUGUGUUUGUUUGUUUUUUUUUGUUUUCAAAGACAUGUGUACUUAUGGGUGGUGUCAGAUGGUCAGCAGUGGAGAAUGAUGUCUUGUAUUUUCUACACAACUGAGCAGGAGGCUGUGUGGUCCAGUGGUUAAAGAAACAGCCUUGUAACCAGGAGAUCUCUAGUUCAAAUCCCACCUCAGCCACUGACUUGUUGUGUGACCCUGAGAAAGUCACUUACCCUCCUUGUGCUCUGUCUUUCGGGUGAAAUGUUGUUGUAUGUGACCCUGCACCUGAUGCAUAGUUCACACACCCUAGUCUCGUAUCUUGUAAAGUGCUUUGUGAUGGUGGUCCACUAUGAACGGCACUAUAUAAAAACACAGAUUAUUGUUAUUAUUUAGCACCCAUGAAGUACUGCUGCUUAUACCCAGUUUAAGGACUGCAAAAGUGAAGAAAACAAUUUAAAAUGAUAUUUUUCAAAACUAUAUAAAAGUGAUCUACCUCUUCAACUACCAAAUAGGAUUUUUUUCAACUAUAUCAAUAUUCUAUUGUGCAUGUGUUCAUUCUGCAAAUACUGUAAUUAUGUUUUGUACUGUCCUGUAAAACAUAUCAAUAAAACAUAAUGCUUGCACUUUACACCCUAUUAAGCUAGCUACUCUUUAAAGACAAAAAUGCAAUCAGGACUUAGUUAUAAAAUACUUGUAAAUAAAAUUGUUAAUUAUUUAUGUAUUUAUGUUAAUAUUGUUUAUAUUUUUUUUGUUAUGUUUUACUGUAUUU